CUUUCAUACAAUCAGAAAAUAAAACAGAACUAAGGACACGGUGAGGAAGGCUUACUCACUACAGAGAACAUCGUCUCAAUCUGAAUGAUGGCAUGGUGCCGGUUUGAGUCUUACCACUUAAUUUUCCUUCUGAUGGUGGCCACAGCAGAAAGAAAAAAAUGUGAUGUUCUGCCAAUUGUUGAGGCCGUGGUGAAUUCGGUAGCGACACUUACAUGCCCUUUAACCACAUUGCCUGAAGGCACACAGGUUAUUUGGGAAGUUCUUCAAGGUGAAAGAGCAGAAAGAGUUGGUUUCGUAAGCACCUGCUCCUCUUCCUGCUCCAUAGAAGACAGCAACAACAGAACUCAGCAACCCCUAUGUAAAAUGAGAGAAGUAAAAGAUUUACAAAAAGGGACUAGUUCACUGAUUAUUAGUCCUGUGGGAAUCACAGAUGCGGUUUGGUAUCAAUGUACAGUGCAAAACAGAACCGAUUCUUACUGUUCUCAUGUGAAGAUUGCAGUAAAAGAGGAGCCUCAACUUCAGACUCAUAUUAAAGAAUGCAUAACCAUGGACCCAGUUGAAAGAUUUCUGAAUGAGACUUUUAUUCUUCAGUGCCCUGUGGACAGAUCACAUCUUGGUUCCUCACAGUUAAUCUGGGGGACUGUUGAAGCAGAUGUGACUAUUCCUAUAACUCGUUGUCCUACAAGUUGCACUUUCAGAGGAGCCCAGAAACCACUAUGUGAGAGAACAAAAACAAUGGAGGAUGGAUCACUGACUAUUAGUCAUAUGUCGUCCACAGAUUCUCAGUGGUUCUGGUGUGCACUUUCCACUUCAUGUUAUAAAUUUAGGCUUACUGUUAAAGAAAACACCUCUACUAAUCGGAUUACAAUUUACUCUACAAUUAAAGCUGGAGGAGAUUUGCAUGCAACACAAGGCCCACAGGAGCAAACAAAUGACAGCAGUGUUACAGUAGUCACUACGAAUGCCACAGUGAUAAUGAUAGCCUCAGUAACCGCUGUUACUCUCUUUGUGGCCAUGCUGGUCCUGGUGUACAUCUUUUUCAGAAAAAAGAAAAUGAAAAAUACACACAAAGUUGUACAAGAUAAUCUGUAUGAUGUUUCUGAAGAAACUAUACACAAUGAUCUGCUUCCAUAUACUUUGGUCCAGUUUGAAACUCCAAUCUUAUAUACAUUUAAUGUCAAAUGAGAAGAGACCCCCAGUCAUCUUAAAAUCCCAUACUGUUAAUGUUCUGUUCCUAUUUUUCUUUUCUUUUAUUUCUCAUAUUUUUUCCUUCACAUUUACACUGUUAUAAUGUAUACCAAAUAAUUGCUUGAAUAAAAUUACAUACUUAAUUGUUAAUAUAAUAAGAAAACUAAUAGUUGCUAAUGUAGAUUAAAAUUCUGAUAUGUUUAAACUUAUUAACGUUAAACACAGGUGUCCCUCAGAACAUACUUUUUCAUCCUGUUUUCAUGAAUGGGGUAUUUUCAUUUUCAUGUAUUGGGGUAUUAAAUGCUGUGGUCUAUAAACAGUGGCCACACAUAGUUCCCCUUGUUGCUGUCAGUAUGGUUGAGUGUUGUGUGAAAGACAUGAGAGAUUGAGAGAAGACAAGUUGAUGGAGCAGAUGUAAUUUUUGAUUUUUGACUUUACGAAGGUCUCUCAAAGACAUACAUGACUAAUGAUGUGAGUCGAUAGUUAAUUAAAGAUGGCUUAAAGGUCUUUGAAACAGGAAUGACAGUGGAUAUUUUAAAGCAAAUGUGAACUACAGACUUAGUCUUAGCCUCAGAACUCAUACCCACUAACGGUUGGCUGGAUGUCUGAUGCAUAUAAAACACAAAAUACACUUCUCUGCUAUAUUUAAUUCUAUACUUGCUUAUCAGAGGAAACAUUUUUAAUUUCCUUUUUUACCCUGUUAUAAUGUAUACCAAAUAAGUGCAUGUAUGUUGUCUGAAUAAAAUUACAUAUCUAAGUGUAAGCUUAAAAA